AUGCGUGUUCAGUCUGUGCGACGGUUGGGUUUAGUUGGGUUGAGUUUGUCGGUGGGCGCAGGAAAAAGAAGUUUUAUUGAGUCCCCUCCCCAGCCCCAUUUCUUGGCCGUAGAGAUUGAGUGGUGGAUAGUCAUUAAUACCGCAGACGAUGCCGUAUUCGUGAAAUAUAUGGUCCAGGCAGGAAUUCAGGCUGAUUGUGGCAAAAAUGGGAUACUUGCAUUCCGUGAAACUAUAGCUAGAGUCCGAUGGACUAGACUACGUACUUGGGGUUUGCAAAAAAGUUUGCCUUGUACUGUGUACUUUACUCCUGAUCCCUUUUUCUGGUACCUCAGACGGAGGACGGAUAGAAGUUUGCUUGUUACAUCCGAUCCGUUAAGUCCGGAUUAUAGGUUACUUACUUUACUUGAAAUCAUGGCCCGCCUUUCCCCCCUUCUUUUCCCUACACAACAUCCCCUUAUGCCAGCUAUCCGGUGGUUUCCAGGGAGUUCCUCGGAUCGCAAGUGGGUCAAGCCCAACAGGGCCACUAAUAAUCAUUGUGACGGUCUUCCGCAACAACUCACAGUGGGGCGCCAUGGAAAGUUGGAGUCGGUUGGAAAAGUACUUGGGCUUAGGAUGCACUCGGUACCCUACUCCGGCCUGGUCGGCUUUAGGGCCCCUGCCGCUGGUAAGUUAUUGCCUACCCUGGAUGGUUGUAUGGUCCUCUUUUCUGGAAUUAUCCCUGAAUUGGGGAAGGAGUUGUGUGAUGAUGAUGGUGAUGACAUGACGAUGAAGGAGGAGGAUGACGAUGAUGAAAAGGAAAAAAAGAAAAGGUGGCGGUAA